GUUAAUUUUCUCAACGUUCGUUGUCACGCGUCUGGUUUUCCGCGAAUUUAUUAUUAAUUAAAAUUGAAUUCAAUUCAAUUAUUUGAACAAAAACACUAUAAUAGCAGAAUAAUAUUUUUAAAAUUUGUUUGAGUAACAAACGCAAAAAAAGAUAUACGAAAGAAAGCGAAGCAACAGAAGUGUUUGUGGUGUCUGCAAGUGUGUGUGUGUGUGUGUGCGUGCGUGUGUGUGUGUGUGUCCAUUUAUAAAUAAAACGCCAAAGAAUCUGCGAAAAUAAGACGCGAAGAAGAAUCACAAAAAGAAUGAACGAAAUAAAAGAAAGUGUAAUCUAAAAGCAACAACAAAAAGAAAAACGAAACGAGAAUAAAAUUAACCGACAAAGAGUGUUGUUUUUGUAGGCGAAAGUGCAUUUUCAAAAGCCUUUCCAUUAUCAUCCAUCCCAACAUAAUAUCAACGUUAUUUUGUGUGCUUCAAAUGGAUGCCACAUCAAUAAUCACACAAGUUUCCCGCGAUGAUGAACAAUUGAAUGUUUAUCCCAGCUAUCCCAAUGACAAAGAUGAUGUGGAACGCCUUAAGCCGAAACCAAAGCGCGGUUUAUUCCAAUCAUUAUUAUGCUGUUGGCGACGAAAUCGAACGAAAACCUCACAGAAUGGUACACAAAUCGAUGGUUCCACAACACCUCCACCCUUACCGGACCAACAAAGGUACUUACUACCUCAGGUUAGGCUCUCCGAUAUCCAUCGCAAGUGUAUGGUAAUCGAUUUGGAUGAGACCCUAGUGCAUAGUAGUUUUAAGCCUAUACCCAAUGCAGAUUUUAUAGUACCAGUGGAAAUUGAUGGAACCAUACAUCAGGUGUAUGUCCUCAAGCGGCCACAUGUAGAUGAAUUUCUACAAAAGAUGGGUGAAUUGUAUGAAUGCGUUUUAUUUACAGCCUCACUAGCCAAAUAUGCAGAUCCGGUGGCCGAUCUGCUGGACAAAUGGAAUGUGUUUCGUGCAAGACUGUUUAGGGAAUCGUGCGUCUACUACAGGGGGAAUUAUAUUAAAGAUCUUAAUCGUCUGGGACGUGAUCUGCAGAAAAUUGUCAUUGUUGAUAAUUCACCGGCCAGUUAUAUCUUUCAUCCAGAUAAUGCAGUUCCUGUCAAAUCCUGGUUCGAUGAUGUCACAGACUGUGAAUUACGUGAGCUGAUACCGCUCUUUGAGAAGCUAAGCAAAGUUGAUUCCGUCUAUUCGGUGCUGUGCAAUUCAAAUCAGCCGCUAAACAAUCCCCAGCAGCAGCAGCAGCAACAACAGCAACAUCCCCAAGAGCUGCAGCAGGUACCGCAGCAGCAACCGACCAUCUCUGCCACAACAGUUAUUACCCAGGCCACCACUCUGUCUGCCCCAACUAUGAUGCAGUCACAGCCCAGUCCGAGUCCGCCCAGCCCACAGACGGAGCUGCUACAAAAGACGUAACAUCAGUGGGAAUUAAUGUUCAUAAAUAUAUAAAAAUCAAAGCAAAAAACAAAAAAAGAAAAAUGGGGGAAG